AUGACAACCAAGCAGCUGCCCUUAUUGCAGGAGACUCUGGCUCAGUUUAACCAAGCUCAGGCUGCAGAGAGUGGCGGUGUCCUGCGGACUCGGGCAGGCUCCAUUUCUACUCGUCGUAGCUCUCAAUCUGUGGACCUUUACCACCCCAAGCACCUACUGCACCUCAAGAGUGUGGAAGGAUCCCUUUCUGUCAUCCCCUCCCGCCGCAGCUCGGUCUUCAGCAACCUCAUCCUCACCCGCAAGGAGUCCUUAUCUCUGGGCAAGCGACUCUCGCUGGGACCCUGGAUGCGCUGCGGCCGGGUCAGCUUCUCUGGCCUGCCACUAUUCCAGCCUGUCCAGGAGACUCAGUUCGAGAACACCUACAAAACCCAUCCAGACGAGGGUUUUCGUUUUGAUGCCUGUAAGGUCCAGCGCCUCCUUGAGGCUACACUAGCUGGUUUUCUGAGUGACACGCGGUACAACCAAAUUACCUGUGGACAAGUGACCAAGAACCUUUCUGAUCUCAUCCGUAGCAAAGCCAAAGAACUUAAACCACCCCGCUAUAAGCUGGUCUGCCAUGUCGUCCUAGGACAGCUCAACAAGCAAGGCCUGAGGGUUGCCAGUCGCUGUCUGUGGGAUUCAGACAAAGAUAACUUUGCAGUUGCUACUUUUCAAAACACCUCACUCUUUGCCGUAGCUAUGGUCCAUGGAUUGUAUUGUGAGUGA